AUGCUAGUUAAUACGGUCAUCGGUUCCCCUGAAAUUACCACCAAGGCGACAAAAUUCGCUAAAAAGUUCUCCGAGCAUACUGACGAAGAAGAAGGAAUAUCAAAUGAGUCGUUCUACACAGCAACGCAAGCUAUCAUCCAUUUCUAUCUCGAUCAAGGUCUAGGGCCCACUACACCGGGAACCACGCAUGAGAUAUUCGUCCAGUUGUCCAGAAAGGACGAGGGCCAUUUCAUGCGCGAUUUGAAUGCUUCGGAUCCGGACGAGAUCAUCCCAGUCACAGAAUACCGGCGAGAAAUAGCAGAUUUCAUUAGCACGAUUGUAGAGAAUGGAUUCGGCUACGUCAGAGCUCGUUCAGACGGCGUUUUAAUGGGAGGAUAA